UAUUUGUGAAUGUGAUAAAGUGAUAAUUAUAUUGAAAGAUAUUAUUGUUUGCGUUUUAAAAUAUAGGUAUCAUUUUGUGAUUGUGUUACAAAAAUAUAUAAAAUUGUUUUUUGUACUGUAACUACAGAACAAAGAGUGAAUUUUAAAUACCAAUAGUGAUUUUUCAAAACACAAUUAACGAAAUAAUGAACGGAGGUAGAGCGAGAGUGCCGAAAUGCGCUAGGUGCCGCAACCACGGACUUAUAUCAAGUUUGCGGGGUCAUAAAAAAUCUUGUGCCUAUCGAAACUGCCAAUGCCCCAAAUGUGGACUUAUCAAGGAACGACAAAGAAUAAUGGCAGCUCAGGUAGCAUUGAAGAGGCAACAGGCCGCUGAAGACAAGAUAGCCCUACAUUUGGCCUCAGUUGAAAGUGGAACAUCUUUAGAAACCUUACCUCCCGGUCGGAUAUAUGGUAUGAGAGUGACAGGACCGUGUCAAAGUCCUGGCCCUGAACCUGAUUCCGCUGUUGAAGAUCACACUCCGAUACACAUCGAUAGCGAAACAAGCGAUUCUCUUCCCGACUGCUGUACAUCACCAGAUUCUUCUGGUCACAGUUCGACGGCCAUACGACCAUGUGCCUCCUCGAAUGACGAUUGUACAGAUGCAAAUCCUGUUAGUACAGCAGGAUUAGAAAUGUUAAGGAAACUGUUUCCUGGUAAAAAGCGCUCCGUAUUGGAACUAGUUCUCAGACGGUGUAACCACGAUCUCUUACGCGCUGUUGAACAUUGCAAUGCAGUUCAGGACUCUAGAGAUAAAUCUAUGCCAAAGAGUGCAUCCAAUCCGUUGAGCUACGAUGUAUCACUCUCAAAUCCUGAGGAACCGUCACGGUGGUCAGCUUUUAGGCCAGUGGGUCCCAGAGCACCGCUAAUGUCCGCGCUCGUGAUGGGACGAGUGUGCGGUUCCGAUUGGUUGGUUCCGCUGCCUGCUUUGCCCACACUUUCAGCGCCGCUGCUACUCCCUCUGCAACAUCCACACGCACCGCCGCCUCCGUGCAACCCAUGCUCCCCUGAUUGCCGCCAAUGUAAUGGCCACCACUAA